UUGCCCGGGCAUGUGGCAGCCAUUGCCGCAGCUAGUUCCGGGAAAGACACGUGUAGCCGGCGCGGCGCGGGUCCGAGGAUGCCUGCUGGCAAGGGGCAAGCACCAGGUGUCCUGAGGCCAGUGAAGACCUGCAGGCUGGGGCAGAAGGAGUCCGAGGGCCGGUUCCUGGAGUACUACUAUGCCAAGCGGGACCUGUGCUGUGCCCAGUCCAAAGCCCAGCCGUGCCUCCGAGCGGAGGCUGACAGUCAGGCCUUGCAGAUUCAGGCUAAGAAGAAGAGCCGGAAGCACCAGCGGUUUAUGAAGCGCAGAGCUCUGCUGGAGCAGAGGGGGCUCCUGGGACCCAAGCUGGGACAAAAGGUCCAGCCAGUUGUACUCCAGCUGCCAGAAGCAGAUAUGGCACAGGAGCCACUCGCCAAGAAAACGGGCAGCUGUGGGCAGCCAGCAUUCAUGGUGCAUGAGCAGCCUGCAGGAGAAACCCAUGCCAAGCUCACCAAGCCGAAGCAGGUGCGGUCACAGGCUGAGUCAGACAGUCCUGAGGGCCCAGCGGGGCAGCGCCUCCUCUCACCACCCCAGGAUUUGGCAUGCAGAUUAUCUUUGCCUGCAAGCUCCAAAUCAGGCAGAGUUUCCUUGUCCUGGUCACUCCAGAGACCUUGGAAAUAUGUAGCCAUUGACUGCGAGAUGGUGGGCACGGGUCCUGGUGGGAAGCUGAGUGAGCUGGCACGAUGCACAGUAGUCAGCUACAACGGAGAUGUUGUCUAUGACAAAUAUAUCCGGCCGGAGCUUCCCAUUGUGGACUACAGGACUCGGUGGAGUGGGAUCACCAAGCGGCACAUGCAGAACGCUACCCCAUUCAAAGCUGCGCAGAGAGAGGUCCUGCAGAUCCUGAAAGACAAGAUCGUGGUGGGCCAUGCCAUACAUAAUGACUUCCAAGCCCUCAAAUAUUUUCACCCCAAAGAGCAGACUCGAGAUACCAGUCGGAUCCCUUUGCUGAACCAGAAGGCAGGAUUCCCCUUGAAAGCCAGCGUCUCUCUCAAGAGUCUGGCAAGGCAGCUGCUGCAUACAAGAAUUCAGGUUGGCCGGAGAGGGCACUCGUCGGUGGAAGAUGCUCAGACAUCCAUGGAGCUCUACAGACUGGUGGAGGAAGAGUGGGAGCAGAAACUUGCCAGCAGCCUUCCUCACAGUUUCCCUAGUAGCCCUACAGACAGUAAUACAGACAGCAACCACUACCUGGAUGACCAGUACUGGCCCACGGACCUGAACAUCGAUUGCAUUUGAUGUUAGAGACCAGGCAUUUCUCCUUAAGGUGCUUUGAGAUGUUCUCAGGCCUUCAGUUUGUAAGCUGAAACCAGUUGUUGGCUUCUAUUUAACACCCCCCCCCCCCCCCCCAGAAAGGUAGUCUGGUGAUAGUGCCCAGGGGACAGCAGUGAUCAGUCCAAUUGCCUGGCUAGGAAUCAUGCAAACAUAACUUGAAAGAAAUUUAUAUUUUUAGCUUAUUAAAUAACACAAAGCUGUUGGCUUUAAAAGCUCCCAUGUUCUCACCUGGCACAGUCCUAUGCCUUCUCCUGUUUGACUUUUUUUUUUUUAACACCUGGGAGACCUAAUACAAGACCAGGUGAGAAGCCCAUCUCUGCUAGCAAGUGCUCUGGAGCCUGGAGUGGUGACCUGGCCUGACAACUUCCCACUGCAAAGCAGAGAGUGUAUAAUUGUCUGCUGGAGGCAGAAAGUGCAUCUGGGGAAAGGGCAGCUCAGGGCUGUCAGCUGGUAGAAACCUUAGAAUAUCCUAGGUGCUGCUCCCUAAAGAGACCUGGGAGCUUGUUCCUCACAAGCUUUCUCCACUCUCCAUUUCUGUCACAUUAAUCCCCAGAAAGCCUCCUUUGCAAGCUGCAGGCAGCUGUUUUUCCUCUUCCCUCGAGCCCUGCCAGGAGUAUUCUGACCUCUGGCAUAGGGAGGAUUACACUUAUUUCACCCUGUCAGGGUCAAAGUGCUGCUGGGGCGUAGAAGCACCCAGACCGGGGAGCAGAGCUAAGACAUUAGUGACGAAGGGGUGUGGAUUCCAAGUGCCAAUACUUCUGCCCCGUAUGC